AUCGCCUAUCUAUAAAUCACUAGCGGAAACCAGCCUCGAACUACACAUUUUGGGUUGUUUGGUUACACCAAUUUAUCCAAAAUGCAAUUUGUUGGGCUUCCAUUUUUCUUCAUUUUCAUGCAAUUCAUGUUCUGUUUCGGUGUCAGGGAUAUUGAUGAUUGGAGAUCAAGCAAUCGAAUUGAAUCUGCGCCGAUCGCAAAGACCAUCACCGUUGAUUGGAAGGGUGGCGGUGAUUUCUACACCGUCCAACAGGCCAUUGAUUCCGUUCCAUCGUACAAUUCUCAGUGGAUCCUUAUCCAUGUUCGUAAGGGCGUUUAUCGAGAGAAGGUUACUGUCCCUGAAGAUAAACCGUUCAUAUACAUCCAAGGAGAAGGGGCCCAGUUUACGAUGAUUACAUGGGACGAUGCCAAGAAUACCGAGGAGAGUUCAACUUUCGCCAUUCGGGCUGAUAAUUUCGUUGCCAAAUACAUUACUUUCGAGAAUGCAUAUGAUCAUCCGGUCGACCUCCUGGGAUUCACGCAAGCAGUUGCAGUAACGCUGUACGGAGACAAGAUUGCGUUCUAUCAAUGCUCGUUUAAAAGCGUUCAAGAUACACUGUGGGAUAAUACAGGGAGACACUACUUCUAUCAAUGCUACAUCCAAGGAGCCGUUGAUUUCAUCUUCGGUAUGGGCCAGUCCAUCUACGAGAAAUGCACGCUGCAUGUAACAGCAGUGAAGGACGAGCCUCAUGGGGGGUAUGUGACGGCUCAAAGGAGAUCAAACCCAACUGACCCAAAUGGGUUUGUGUUCAAGUUCUGUACUGUGGCUGGGACUGGGAAGGUCUUUCUUGGAAGAGCUUGGGGGCCUUCUUCUAGGGUUGUUUUCCACAAUUCAGAUAUUUCAGAUGUUGUGGUCCCUGAAGGCUGGGAUGCAUGGACAUAUGCAGGCCAUGAGAAUAAUAUAACGUAUUCGGAGCUGGGUAACACAGGAUCGGGUUCGGACAUGUCCAAGCGCGUGCGGUGGGAAAAGAAACUCAGUGCUAAAGAGUGGGCUGAGUUACUGAGUCCGUCUUUCAUUGAUGCAGAAGAGUGGCUUUAUAAACAACCUUAAGAAUGAGAGAACUUAGUACAUGUGUGGGGCCCAUCUUGGCCCACCUUUGUUCUUGAUGGACGGUUUGGAUAAGAGGGGUCCACCAUCUUUUGCACAUGGGCUUGAUAUCAUCCUGAUUGGAUGAUCACGACCAUUCAAAUAAGGGCCUGAGACCAUGCAUUUAUGCUCUUGCUGGCUAGUUUGCAUGCACUUGGUUAUAUGGUUGUGAUUAUCCAACCAUGGAUAUUUUGAGUUCAUUUGCAAUCUAAGGUGGAUUAAUUCCUCCUAUCCAAUCGUCUUUGUUAUUCAUAGGUGGGGCCCACUUGGGUCGCACGCAUUCU